UUGGAAUCGUUCUGUUACCGAAACGCCGAUCCGUUGUAUUCAAAAGAUAAAAAAAUCGCUUAGCAUGUGAUAAAAUUUUAAUGAGAAUUACUAAAUUUACAGAAGCGUAAAUCUCAUCAGAUUAAAGUUUUUUUUUUGUUUGUUGCACAAUUAUAACAAUAAUAAAAAUUAUUUAAAUAAAAAGGGGAAAAAAGCAGUUGUAAUUACGAAAUGAAUAAUUUAAAAAGUACAAUAACGACUACUCCUCCCCACACACCUGAACCAUUACCGGAUUUUAAAGCGCCUGUUUUUAAGGAUGGUGCAUUGGUGCUUUACUUUCAUCCAUACAAUUUCUAUUCGCAAAAAGUACUGCUUAUGUUAUAUGAAAAAAAUUUAGAAUUUACACCAUAUGCAUUGGAUUUAUCAAAUGGAGAACAAUAUUCUUCGUGGUUUCUAAAUAUAAAUCCUAAAGGAGAUGUUCCUGUUCUACAAGACGGGCCAUUUAUAAUUCCAGAUUCCAGACACAUAAUGAAUUAUGUUGAGGAUAAAUUUAGAAGUGAUAAACAUCAAGCAUUUAAAUCAUAUAAUUUUACUGCCAAAGAGUAUGAAAAAUUACAACGUUUUGAUAAACUUUUAGCACAGGUACCUGUUGGUGCCUUAAGUCUUGGUUCCUUCAUACAUGAAGAUUUAAAACUAGCUCCCAAACCACCAUUUAUUGGUCCAGUACGAAAAGCAUGCAUAAAAAAUAAUGAAAAAGUAUACGAACUACUAAAAAAAUCAAUUGAAGAAGCAGAAGUAAAUAAAGCCGCUUUGUUACGCAAAUUAGAAAUACAAGAUCAACGAAGACGUGUGGUUUAUUCACGUGUUGAGUUUCAUAAAAUACUAGAUAAUGUAUAUAAUGUUUUAUAUACCAUCGAAACUGAUCUGAAAGAGAAUCCUGAUCGCGAGUGGUUAAUAACAGAUAAAUUAACAUUAACUGAUAUUGCUUUCGGCUUAUUGCUACAUCGACUUUAUCAAUUGGGUUUCGAAAACUAUUAUUGGGGAUAUGGAAAGCUUCCGCAUGUGGAAAGUUUCUUUUUACGUUUCCGGAAGAGGGAAUCUUAUCAAAAAUUAGUUCCAACCAAUUUUGAAAUAUUGAAAGAUAUGUGGCAAAAAACUCCAUCUAAUUACAAAAUUGGUGCUGGAGCAGGAGUUUUAGGUAUGGCUAUGUUUGCAGCAUUUGCUCAUAAAUGAAAAACAAAAUUCAUACAUUUAAAAAAUAUCCAUUUCUUUAAACAAUUAACGUAUAAACAUGAAACACAAAUUAAAUUAAUAAAAACAAAAAAUGGCAAUU